GAAGCUGCCGCCUCUUCUCCUUCUUCUCCUUCUUCUUCCGCUCGAGACGCAGAGGAGCUGCAGCAGCAGCUACGUCUCUGCUCGCGGAAGCGCAAUGGACGCGCUGAGGAAACAAGCUAGCAAGCUCCGGGAGCAAGUCGCCAAGCAGCAGCAGGCUGUGAUAAAGCAGUUCGGUGGGACUGGCUAUGAGCACUCCGAUGUGGUGGUUAUAGAUGAGGUCGAAAUGCAGAGACAUCAACAGCUCGAGAAACUUUACCGGGCUACUCGCGCCUCCAAGGACUUUCAGAAAGAUAUUGUAAAGGCUGCAGAGGGAUUCACAGCUCUAGGAUAUAAGCAUAUUGAAACAGGAACCAAAUUAUCUGAAGACUCUUGCAAAUAUGGAGCUGAGAAUAUCCAUGACAACAUUUUAGCUAAGGCAGCAGCUGUAUAUGGCGAUUCUCUUAAACAUGUCGAAAAGGAGCAAGAAGACUAUAAUAAGCUAUUAUAUUCACAGAUCUUAGAACCCUUGAGGGCUAUGAUUACUGGUUCUCCCUUGGAAGAUGCUCGUCAUCUUGCUCAACGUUACAGUCGAAUGAGACAGGAAGCAGAGAUGCAGGCAGCGGAAGUUUCUAGAAGACAAGCUCGAGUUAGAGAAACUCCAAUACCUGAAAAUGUUGCUAAGCUGCAUGCAGCUGAAGCAAAGAUGCAUGAAUUGAAGGCAAAUAUGGCUGUUCUUGGAAAAGAAGCUGCCACGGCACUGGCAGCUGUCGAAUCUCAGCAACAAAAAGUUACUUUCCAAAGGCUGGUCUCAAUGGUUGAAGGAGAAAGGACCUACCAUUUGAGAGUAGCUGCUAUUCUUGGCGAAGUUGAAACUGAGAUGGUUUCAGAGAAACAGCGGAAGGAAUCUGCUCCUCCUUUGUUUUUAUCAGAAAGUAGUUCGGAGAAAACAGCAUAUUUCUUGGCUGAGGCAAUGCAUAAUUUUGAUGCUGAAUCAGAGAAGGAAUUGAGCCUGGCAGUGGGUGACUAUGUUGUUGUGCGAAAGGUGAAUCCAUUGGGAUGGUCGGAAGGAGAAUGCAAGGGUAAAGCAGGGUGGUUUCCAUCAGCAUUUGUGGAGAAGCGCCAGAGAUUACCCACGAAUGGUAUGGCUGCAGAGGUUUACUGAUCCGUACUGAUCUGUCUACUUAUUGUUUACUUGUCCCUGCCCAUGUAAUAGUUGCUGUUCAUAUUAUAUCUGUCAAUAACAAGACCUCAAUGCAAUCUGUUGUGAAAUUUGUUGCAAUUCUCAUUUCCUAAACAGCACGACUCUUGAUCGCUAUGGGGAUUGAUUAAGUAUUGUUUGGAUGAUUUA